AUGUCUAACCUCGGGAAGCGUAGCGUCCCCUGGGUUAUUGAUUUAACUGGCGAUGAAAACCUUCGGCCCCAAGCAAAACAGGCACGUCUCAAUCGAACUUCGGCCACUCAACCGCGACCAAGUCAAUCUUUCGGCUCGUCUCAAUCAAGCCAAUCUUUAAAUUCACCAAGCCAGACCGUACGAGGAUCAUGUCAAGAAGAUAAUGAAGUGUCUCAAUGGUUAUAUAUGGGAGCCAUUCAUGACAAGAUUGUCGGUAUUCGAUACUAUGAUGGUGUCGCCACGACAGGAGAGCAGGUUAUGGUCAAGCGGGAGCCCACAAAUAUUUAUGAUCGGAAUGCCAUCAGGGUUAACAAUGUGGAAGGCACUCAGAUUGGCCAUAUUCCUCGAGUAUUAGCCACGAAACUUGCUCCGCUCAUGGACUCGAGAACUAUCGUUAUCGAAGCCAUCCUGGCUGGGCGGAAAACUGGAUAUGACUGCCCUAUACUAUUGAAAAUAUACGGGCCUGCUGACCCUACAUCCCGUCAACAGUUAGAAGCUAUGUUGAGAGCUAGCCGGCUGUAUAUCGGCAGAGAAUAUAUUACCGUACCUAAAUCAGCAAAUAUUCCUCUGCCACCAAGGAAACAAUCCAAGUCUCAAGGAUCUUCACAGCCCUCAAGCAGUCAGAGGGCACCUGUUCCCGAGCUUGGGAUUCAGCACUUCGUCAAGAAUAGUGAACGCUUUAAACCUCGAGACGUGGAAAAACUUGUCGAGGAAUGGGGAGUUGGUGAAGAUGCGUUAUCUAAAAUGCCGAUGGCUGAGCAGCCCACAAAAUUAAAAGCCACUUUACUUCCGUAUCAGCGUCAGGGGUUGGCCUGGAUGCUGGAGAAAGAAAACCCUGUCCUUCCGGCAGUAGGCUCAAAAGAUAUUGUGCAACUAUGGAAGCGCUCACAAGAGAGGGGAUGCGGGUCUACUUUCCAAAACAUCGCGACUCAAUUCAGUACUACAACCGCUCCAGUUUUGGCGCGAGGCGGCAUCCUUGCUGAUGAUAUGGGAUUGGGAAAGACUCUUCAAGUGAUCAGCGUUAUUCUAGAAGGAGGUUCAGGAACAACUCUGAUCGUUGCGCCUGUCAGUGUAAUGUCGAACUGGGCUCAGCAGAUGGAACGACACGUCAAGAAGGAGAACGCGUUGAAAGUCUUGACAUAUCAUGGAAGUAGCCACAAACAAAUGACUUGCGAAAAUUUCAAGGAGUACGAUGUCGUUAUUACCACGUAUGGAAUGCUGUCCUCCGAAUGCUUUCCCCGAGGUACCAAGACUCCGAGAGAAAUUCCAACCAAGAAAGGCCUCUUCUCUAUGAACUGGGCAAGAGUCGUUCUUGAUGAGGGGCAUACCAUCCGCAACCCUUCUACCAAAGCGGCCGUCGCAGCCACUGGUCUAUUGUCCAGGUCCAAAUGGGUCCUCACAGGAACCCCAAUCGUCAACACUAUCAAGGAUCUAUACUCUAUGCUCAAGUACCUGGGUAUAUCAGGGGGUCUCGAACGAUUGGAAAUUUUCAAUGCCAUUCUUACGCGACCAUUGGCUCAGGGUGAUCCGAAAGCUGAACUCAUCUUGCAAUCCGUCAUGCGCACGAUGUGUCUUAGAAGAAAAAAGGAUAUGAAGUUCGUGGAUUUAAAAUUACCAGAACUGUCUGAGUAUGUCCACCGCAUAGCCUUCCGUAGAGACGAGAAAGAGAAAUAUGACGCGUUAGAAACCGAGGCAAAAGGCCUGGUCGAGAAAUAUACCAAUGAGAAAGCUAAGAACGGAUUUGAUGCCUACCGUCACCUUGAAAUUCUGUUACGACUUCGCCAAGUAUGUUGCCACUGGAAACUCUGCGAAUCUCGAGUCACGAAUCUCCUGGCACUCCUAGAGUCAGAAGGGGCUGUGGCCCUCACCAAAGAGAACUGUGCAGCUCUUCAAACAUUGCUGCAGCUCAGCAUCGACAGCCGAGACGAAUGCGCCAUUUGUCUCGAGGAAUUGCAUAACCCUGUCAUCACGGCUUGCAAACACGUCUUCGGUCGAGACUGCAUCGAGCGCACUAUCGACCUGCAGCACAAAUGCCCCAUGUGCCGCGCCGAGCUCGUCGACAACGAAUGUCUCAUAAUGCCUAUUGAAGAAAGCCAUGUAGAAGAUUUAGAAAUCGACACUGAGACAAAAAGCAGCAAGACUGAAGCAUUAAUGAGUAUUCUCGCGGCUAGUCGCAAAGAUCCAUUAUCCAAAGUCGUCAUCUUCUCCCAGUGGACGAGUUUUCUAGAUAUUAUCCAACACCAGCUGAAGGAGGGUGACAUGAAAUACACUCGUAUUGACGGCAGCAUGCCGGCUCACGUCCGCGAUGCCGGUAUGGCAGCACUGGAAUCCGACCCCGACUGCCGGAUUUUACUAGCCAGUUUGUCCGUCUGCAGCGUGGGUCUCAACCUCGUUGCCGCAGAUACUGUUAUACUUGCAGAUUCCUGGUGGGCUCCAGCGAUUGAAGACCAAGCGGUCGAUCGUGUGCAUAGAUUGGGGCAGAAGCGGCCUUGUACGGUGUGGAGAUUAGUAAUGGAAGAUAGUAUUGAGGAGCGUGUUCUGGAAAUCCAAGCUGAAAAGAGGAAGCUAGUAGGCAAGGCGUUUCAGGAGAAGGCUAAGGAUGGAAAGGCAAAGACUACGAGGAUGGGCGAUAUCUUGCAGUUGUUGAAGUAG